CUACACACACACCAACACAUCUACUGCACCUACACACACCUACUGCACACACACACACACACACACACACUCACAUGUACACACACUUGUAAACACACUCACACACAUACACAAAUAGAAUCCCUGCAGUCAUGUUCCAAAAUCUAGUAAAACAAGUGAAACUGGGUCAGAGACUACACACACACACACACAUACACACACACACAUACACAUACAUACAUACACACUCACACUCACACACAUGCCCUUUUCCAAGGAAUCAGAACGCUGACUGUGAGCCGGGACUCAUCACCCCUAAUCAGUGCUGAUCUCACUCAUGCUGUUGGAACGGAAUCCCUGCAGUCAUGUUCCAAACUCUAGUGAAACGCGCAGGACGAUCCGGGCGCCUCCGAAAAGCUCCGAGACGCUGAUUAUUUUUGGACUGGGUGCUGUGGAGUGUGCGUUGAGUGUGUGUUUGAGGUUGCAGAGUUGCCAUGGGAACAGAAAAUCCUCUUCGUGUGUGUGUGUGUGUGUGUGUGUGUGCAUGUGUGUGUGUGUGUGUGUGAUAUUCGAUGGAUGUGCUCCAGUUUGAUCUGGUUUUCUUUUAGAGCUCUUCAUCCAUUCAUCUGCUCACCUGCACACACACACACACUCGAAUCAAGGACAGAGUGCUGCUGUUGACCUGGAGUGUGUGUGUGUGUGUAAGUGUGUGUGUGUAAGUGUGUGUGUGUGUGUGUGUGUGUGUGAUACAGUACAGAGAGCAGUGUGAUGCGAUGUUGGUUCGGAGAUGCAGCUCGACUCUCAUCAGCACCACUAAGCGGUCCAUGUGAAGCAGGAGGAGAAUAAUGGAUGAAAGGAUGAAUGAAGGAAGAGACGGACUGAAGAGAAGCGUUCAGAUCGUUCCCUGCUUCCUCUUUGUAGAGGUGCUGAUCAUGGCCGGCGUGGUCCUGUUGGCGUACUAUUUCGAGUACACGGACACGUUCCCCGUCCACCUGCAGGGGUUCUUCUGUUUCGACCGCACCCUGUCCCGCCCGUACCUCGGCCCCGUGGACUCCAGCCGGGCCCCGCCUGCGCUCGUCUACUCGCUCAUCACCGCCAUUCCUACCGUCACGAUUCUGAUUGGUGAGUUGGUGGCGUUGUUCUCGGGGUCGGACUCUCCCCAGGAGAAAACCAUCGUCACGGCCGACUGCUGUUAUUUCAGCCCCCUGCUGCGCCGCAUCGUCCGCUUCCUGGGCGUUUACUCCUUCGGCCUCUUCGUCACCACCAUCUUCGCCAACAUGGGUCAGGUGGUGACAGGAAGUCAGACUCCUCAUUUCCUGUCCGUGUGUCGUCCCAACUACACGGCUCUGGGCUGUAGGUCUCCUCUGCAGUACGUUAACGGGAACAGCGUCUGUAGGGGGAGCCCGUCCAUCAUCAGCUCCGCCCGAAAAUCCUUCCCGUCUAAAGACACGGCGCUCAGCACCUACUGCGCCGUCUACACCGCGAUGUACAUCACCUUGUCUUGGAAGACUAAAGGCACACGUUUGGCCACACCCACUCUGAGCCUCUCUCUUCUCUCAUUGGCUGUCCUGGUGGGCGUUGUUAGGGUGACCGAGUACCGGAACCACUGGUCUGAUGUUGUUGCUGGUUUUACCACCGGAGGCGCCAUCGCCAUGUUUCUGGUCACGUGUGUGAUUAAUAAUUUCCAGCAGAAGUGUUCAGCCCCGGCCACGCCCGCUGUGCCCGCUGUACCCGCUGUGCUCCCUCCACCUCCAACUCACCUGCCCCCUGCCAGCACGCCCAGUGUGGAAAGUCCACUCGAAAAGUUCCAGACGCUCCGAGCUCAGGCGUCACAUAAUGAUCAGCGAUAUUUACUCACCUCCCCUCCUGAUGUUCUGGUCCAAUCACGGCGCCCCAUGUCCAGUGCUGUUUAGACAUGUCCAAAUAUGUCCAUGUACAGCACCACCCAGCUUCACUAAGCACCACAUAGCAACCUCCAGCACCGUCCAGCAACCUCCAGCUCCGUCCAGCAACCUCAGCACUGCCCAGCCCCUCCAAGAACCCCCAGCUCCACCCAGCAACCCCAGCACCGCCCAGCAACCUCCAGCUCCACCCAGCAACCCCAGCACCGCCCAGCAACCUCUAGCUCCGCCCAGCAACCUCCAGCUCCGUCCAGCAACCCCAGCACUGCCCAGCCCCUCCAAGAACCCCCAGCAACCCCCAGCUCCGCUCAGCAACUCCAACUCAGCCCAGCAACCCAUAGCUCCGUCCAGCAACCUCCAGCUCCACCCAGCAACCCCAGCACCGCCCAGCAACCUCUAGCUCCGCCCAUUAACCUCCAGCUCCGUCCAGCAACCCCAGCACCGCCCAGCAACCUCUAGCUCCGCCCAGCAACCUCUAGCUCCGCCCAGCAACCUCCAGCUCCACCCAGCAACCCCAGCACCGCCCAGCAACCCAUAGCUCCGUCCAGCAACCUCCAGCUCCACCCAGCAACCCCAGCACCGCCCAGCAACCUCUAGCUCCGCCCAGCAACCCCAGCACUGCCCAGCAACCCUUAGCUUCGCCCAGCAACCUCUAGCUCCACCCAGCAACUCCAACUCAGCCCAGCAACCUCUAGCUCCGCCCAGCAACCUCUAGCUACACCCAGCAACUCCAACUCAGCCCAGCAACCUCUAGCUCCGCCCAGCAACCCUUGUCCAGCAACCCAUAGCUUCGCCCAGCAACCUCUAGCUCCACCCAGCAACUUCUAGCUCCACCCAGCAACCUCUAGCUCCACCCAGCAACUUCUAGCUCCACCCAGCAACUUCUAGCUCCGCCCAGCAACCUCUAGCUCCACCCAGCAACUUCUAGCUCCACCCAGCAACCUCUAGCACCACCCAGCAACUUCUAGCUCCACCCAGCAACUUCUGGCUUCGCCCAGCAACCUCUAGCUCCGCCCAGCAACUCCAACUCAGCCCAGCAACCUCUAGCUCCGCCCAGCAACCCUUGUCCAGCAAUCCAUAGCUCCACCAAGCAACCCCUAGCUCUGCCCAGCAGCUUCCAGUUAUGGCCAGCAACCUCUAGCUCUGCCCAGCAACCACUAGCUCCGUCCAGCAACCUCUAGCUCUGCCCAGCAACCACUAGCUCCACCCAGCAACCCCCAGCUCCACCCAGCAACCCCUAGCUCCACCCAGCAACCUCUAGCUCUGCCCAGCAACCACUAGCUCCACCCAGAAAUCCCCAGCUCCACCCAGCACCCCCAAGCUCCACCCAGCAACCUCUAGCUCCGUCCAGCAACCCCUAGCUCCACCCAGAACCCCCAAGCUCCACCCAGCAACCCCUAGCUCCAUCCAGCAACCCCCAGCUCCGCCCAGAACCCCCAAGCUCCACCCAGCACCCCCAAGCUCCACCCAGCAACUCCUAGCUCCGUCCAGCAACCCCCAGCUCCACCCAGCACCCCCAAGCUCCGCCCAGCAACUCCUAGCUCCGUCCAGCAACCCCCAGCUCCACCCAGCACCCCCAAGCUCCGCCCAGCAACUUCUAGCUCCGUCCAGCAAGCCCCAGCUCCGACCAGGACCCCCAGCUCCACCCAGCAACCUCUAAAUCCACCCAGCUUCGCCCAGCAACCCCUAGCUCUGCCCAGCUCCGCCCAGCUCUGCCCAGCAACCCAUAGCUUCGCUCAGCAACCACCAGCUCCACCCAACAACCCCCAGAACUGCUCAUCAACCUGCCCAGCAACCCCUAACUCAGGGGUAGAUUUGGGGUUCCAGACGCUCCGAGCUCAGGCGUCACAUAAUGAUCAGCGAUAUUUACUCACCUCCCCUCCUGAUGUUCUGGUCCAAUCACGGCGCCCCAUGUCCAGUGCUGUUUAGACAUGUCCAAAUAUGUCCAUGUACAGCACCACCCAGCUUCACUAAGCACCACAUAGCAACCUCCAGCACCGCCCAGCAACCUCCAGCUCCGUCCAGCAACUCCAACUCAGCCCAGCAACCCAUAGCUCCGUCCAGCAACCUCCAGCUCCGUCCAGCAACCUCAGCACUGCCCAGCCCCUCCAAGAACCCCCAGCUCCACCCAGCAACCCCAGCACCGCCCAGCAACCUCCAGCUCCACCCAGCAACCCCAGCACCGCCCAGCAACCUCUAGCUCCGCCCAUUAACCUCCAGCUCCGUCCAGCAACCCCAGCACCGCCCAGCAACCUCUAGCUCCGCCCAGCAACCUCUAGCUCCGCCCAGCAACCUCCAGCUCCACCCAGCAACUCCAACUCAGCCCAGCAACCCAUAGCUCCGUCCAGCAACCUCCAGCUCCACCCAGCAACCCCAGCACCGCCCAGCAACCUCUAGCUCCGCCCAUUAACCUCCAGCUCCGUCCAGCAACCCCAGCACCGCCCAGCAACCUCUAGCUCCGCCCAGCAACCUCUAGCUCCGCCCAGCAACCUCCAGCUCCACCCAGCAACCCCAGCACCGCCCAGCAACCCAUAGCUCCGUCCAGCAACCUCCAGCUCCACCCAGCAACCCCAGCACCGCCCAGCAACCUCUAGCUCCGCCCAGCAACCCCAGCACUGCCCAGCAACCCUUAGCUUCGCCCAGCAACCUCUAGCUCCACCCAGCAACUCCAACUCAGCCCAGCAACCUCUAGCUCCGCCCAGCAACCUCUAGCUACACCCAGCAACUCCAACUCAGCCCAGCAACCUCUAGCUCUGCCCAGCAGCUUCCAGUUAUGGCCAGCAACCUCUAGCUCUGCCCAGCAACCACUAGCUCCGUCCAGCAACCUCUAGCUCUGCCCAGCAACCACUAGCUCCACCCAGCAACCCCCAGCUCCACCCAGCAACCCCUAGCUCCACCAAGCAACCCCUAGCUCUGCCCAGCAGCUUCCAGUUAUGGCCAGCAACCUCUAGCUCUGCCCAGCAACCACUAGCUCCGUCCAGCAACCUCUAGCUCUGCCCAGCAACCACUAGCUCCACCCAGCAACCCCCAGCUCCACCCAGCAACCCCUAGCUCCACCCAGCAACCUCUAGCUCUGCCCAGCAACCACUAGCUCCACCCAGAAAUCCCCAGCUCCACCCAGCACCCCCAAGCUCCACCCAGCAACCUCUAGCUCCGUCCAGCAACCCCUAGCUCCACCCAGAACCCCCAAGCUCCACCCAGCAACCCCUAGCUCCAUCCAGCAACCCCCAGCUCCGCCCAGAACCCCCAAGCUCCACCCAGCACCCCCAAGCUCCACCCAGCAACUCCUAGCUCCGUCCAGCAACCCCCAGCUCCACCCAGCACCCCCAAGCUCCGCCCAGCAACUCCUAGCUCCGUCCAGCAACCCCCAGCUCCACCCAGCACCCCCAAGCUCCGCCCAGCAACUUCUAGCUCCGUCCAGCAAGCCCCAGCUCCGACCAGGACCCCCAGCUCCACCCAGCAACCUCUAAAUCCACCCAGCUUCGCCCAGCAACCCCUAGCUCUGCCCAGCUCCGCCCAGCUCUGCCCAGCAACCCAUAGCUUCGCUCAGCAACCACCAGCUCCACCCAACAACCCCCAGAACUGCUCAUCAACCUGCCCAGCAACCCCUAACUCAGCCCAGCAACUGCUAGCUUCACCCAUUGCUCAACAAUCUAUUACAGUAGUGAUACUGAGUGAUACAGACUCACUGCUAAGUGCACUCCACUAAGGGGAAGUGAUGAUAACAGGAUUGGAACAAAACCGAUUAGCUGUUAGUGACUGCUGCCCCCUGCUGACCGUAAACACCAAUCACAGCAUCAUCACACUGUUAUUAUUAACGAUUAUCAGCAGGUUCAGGUUUUUAUUCAUGUUUCUGUGUUUCCUUCUGUUCCACGUACAGAAAUGUUAAUGUUUAAUCAGAUACAAAAACUAAAGAUGUGAAUGAUAGUCACUGUUGUAAAUCCAGUGUUUUCUUCUAUUACUGAUUAUUAUCAUUUCGUUUUAUUACUGUAAAAUAGAGGCUGUACAUCUAUAUCAGAUCUAUAUCUGACAUUUUACACUCAGACAAUUCAAAUGUAAGAAAGAAACUUUACACUCAAUAAAGAGUUAGAUAAAUGUU